AUUUUCACAAACGUCGAGAUGAUCCAGACUAGUUAGAGCGUUGAGUUGAGUCGAUUGACAUUGUUCUGCAAGAAAAGAGCAUUAUCAGCUGGAAGAAGGGGAAAUGUAGCAGUAUGUGAUUUCAUUCUGCUGUGUUCAGUCAAAUAAUGGGCGAGAACCGCGAGAUACAGAAGGGCGUGUGGGAGGGGCGGAUCCCCGUGGCCUUCCACCUGUCGGAGGAUGACACAGAGAAUGAACACCCAGAUCCUGUUUAUUUGAUGUUGCCCAGGAUAAGUUACUUCCCCUUGCACACAGAGAAGAUAAACAAACACUUUAUAAAGUUUGUCAAUGAUGAGCAGGCUGAAGAAAUGUGGCUGGAGUAUGACAACCAACCUUUGAAAUGGCACUACCCAGUAGGAUUGCUGUUUGACCUUUAUUGUUCGGAAAAUUCUCUCCCAUGGAAUAUUACAGUUCAUUUUAAGGAUUUCCCAGAGGAAGAACUUCUGCACUGUAUAAGUAAGGAUGCCAUAGAGUCCCACUUCAUGUCCACUGUUAAGGAGGCUGACUCCCUAAAACACAGAGGACAGGUUAUAAAUAGCAUGCAGAAGAGAGAUCACAAACAGCUGUGGACAGGAUUACUACAUGAUAAAUUUGAUCAGUUUUGGUCUGUGAACCGGAAGCUUAUGGAGUCCAAUGGAGAAGAGACAUUUAAAUACAUUCCCUACAGAUUAUAUAUGUUAGACAGACAUUAUGUCACCAACUUGUUCCGCCCUAUGACAGAUGAGGGACGUCCACAAGUUCUUAGACAACUUCUAAUGUCAGCAGUUCCACAGCUCUUCAAUGAAGAUGAGGAAUUUCAGAAGCAUGUCCGAAUCCAUGGCACGGAGCCUUCAUUGGAUACACCCAUUUUCUGGCUCUCUGAAAACUUCAGCUUUCCUGACAAUUUCCUGCAUCUGUGUAUAAGUGAAACCUGACUAGAUGGAACAGAUUUUGCCAAUCAUAUCAGCAUUUCAUUAGCUCAUGAUUAGUUUUUGACUACAUGAAUUCAGAUGACUGGUUUUAUGAGUUUAUAUACAUGUAUACACCAGAUUAUCGACAUGUACAAUGCAUGUGUGCAAUACAUUUUAUUGUUCUGAGACUGUUAAGGAGUGGCAAUAAUUGCUAAACUUUGUGAUAUUUUAAUGAUUAUAUACAUACAUCAUGUAUUUUAAUCAUGUGUUGAUGCAUAUUGUGAUUCAAAGCUACAAUAUCAUGGUCUUGCAGUGUCAUUAAAUGUCAUUAAAUGUAUAUAAGGUUAAAGAAAUGAUAAUUAAUACUUUAUAGUAUUUAAAUAUAUUGUUAGGAAUUUAAUACUACUGAAAAAAAAGGAUGAAAAUAAAAUGACCAAUUCAUUUGUUAGAUAUAAAAAUAUGUAAUCCAAGAUUGAUUUGUAGAUUAAUAGUUCAGAAGAAUGAAUUACUCUACAUGAAUGCUAUUUUAAUGUCAUGUAUAUGGGCAAGAAUUCACUUAUGGUCCAAAAAGUGCGACAGUGGUGGAAAGAAUUAUGAAUUAAAUACUUCGGUAAAACAAAGAGUGUCAUUUUAUAGUCUAUCCCUGGUGGUAUUUGGAAAUAUGUAGCAAUAGUUAAAAACAAAGUUCGAAAAUCAUAAAAUCGGCAUUAUCUACAAAUUUUGCAGUAUGUAACCUUGACAAAAAAUUAUAGUAUAUAUAAAAAAAAAGAAUAAACUAUUGUCCAAGUACGAUUAGACAUUUUGUCUUAGACCACCAAUUACUCUAGUGAAGCACCAUUAUAUACACAGUGAAUGGAUUUAGUUUCCUCUCAAUUUCAAUACGAAAAUGAAUGACAAUAUUUUUUAAUUGUCAAUGUUACAUACUGUACGAAUUCUUUACACUAAAAGCAGUUAUCUAAUGUAAUUUUAUAAGGUUUUUCUGUUUUCAUACAAAUAAAUGUUUUUAUCAAUUA